AUGGAUUCAGGACGAUACGACACGGAACGAUUACAAAACCCACGAGAAAAAGCCAGUCUUCUAUCGAAAAUAAGUUUUUCGUACACUCGACAUAUAUUCCACUUGGGAAGAAAACGUCAGCUUACUAUAAACGAUUUGUACAGGUGUUUGGCACACCAUAGAGCUGCAUUAAAUGGUGAUCAUUUAUCAGAAGCAUGGAAAGAAGAAGUCACUCGGAAAGAUUCUGGCGGGAAUGCAUAUCUUUUACGAGCCAUUUUUAGGAUAUACGGUCCCAAAUUCCUACUUUAUAACGUUACGUUUGCCAUUUUAGACUCAUGUUUUAGGAUAUCUAUACCAUUGUGCCUUGAAGGGUUAAUAAAUUAUUUUUCUCCUUUACACUCCGGAAUGACUGAAGUUCAGGCAUAUUUGUAUGCCGUAGGUAUUGUUGGAUUAAUGUUCAUAAGUUCAGUAUUAACACAUGCAAUGCUACUAUUCCAACUGGAAAGCAGUAUGAUACUCACAAAAUCAUGUUGUUCAGUUAUAUAUAGGAAGUUACUUCGAGUCAAUUUAACAGCUGGGGGCAAAGCCUCUGAAGGCUUAACGGGGUACAUAAUAAACUUACUCACGAUAGACACCGAGAGGUUCCAGAUGGCCAGCUUGUAUCUCAUAGAUCUAGUUAGGAUACCGAUAGAGACAACUGUCAUAGUUUACUUAAUGUACACACAGAUUGGCGUAUCCGCAUUAUUCGGAGUUGGGUUUUUGCUUAUGUUUAUACCACUGUUUAGUUACCUAGGUAAAAUAGCAAGUAAAUUCACUGAAAAAAUGACAGUGCGCACAGACAACAGAAUACGACUCAUGAACGAAGUCGUACAGAGUAUAGAGGUUAUAAAAAUGUACGCCUGGGAAAAGGCUUUUGAAAAAAUCAUUGGGAAUGCUAGAAGAAAAGAAAUGAGCAUAAUAAAAAAACUAACAUGGCUGUACGCGUCCAUGUUCUCGUGUUCGAAGCUUAACACACAAAUCGCACUUCUAAUAAGUAUAUUAUCGUUUAUCGCAUUCCAAAAUGUCAUUACUGCUGCAAAAAUAUUUGUAGUGAUAUCAUACUAUGAAAGUAUUCGGAUGUAUAUGGUGGAAUCGUUUCCGAUGGCGAUCACAAUGGUUUUGGAAGCUUAUAUUAGCGUGAAGCGGUUGCAAGAGUUUUUAUUACUUCCGGAAGUGACGAAGAAUGUCGAUUUGACGAAGAUUUUUGAUACUAACGGUUACGUUCCAGACUUUAAACCAAAAACAAAUGAGAAUGAGAUAAUAGUAUUUAAAGAUUUUACUGCUUUUUGGGUGGAAAACACAGAAUCGAAGACACAGCCGGUGCUUUCAGAUAUCAAUUUAACGAUUAAACCCAAUACGCUUACAACAAUAAUAGGCCCAGUAGGGUCAGGAAAAUCUACCCUCCUUUUGUCGAUAUUAGAGGAGCUACCUCCAAAAAGUGGGGAACUGAGAGUUAACGGUUCAGUAGCGUAUGCUGCGCAAGAGUCUUGGCUGUUUGAUGCUUCGGUUAGACAAAACAUAAUAUUCGGUCAGGACUUUGACAAGGAUAAAUAUAGGAGGGUCGUGAAUUGUUGUCAACUUGAGAGUGAUUUCAAAGACUUUCGACAUGGAGACCAAUCCCUUGUUGGGGAUAAAGGUGUAACGUUAUCGGGUGGUCAGCGCGCGCGCAUCUCCCUCGCUCGUUGCGUCUAUCAAGACGCGGACGUUUACUUAUUGGACGAUCCGUUGGCGGCCGUUGAUGCUAAGGUUUCCCAAGCAAUAUACGAAGACUGUAUUAGGGGUUUUCUUCGCGAUAAAACAGUACUACUUGUGACCCAUCACGUGCAAUACACACGACAUGCUGAUAAUACUUGUGUUGUAAGAGGUGGGAAGAUCGUAUCUCAAGGAACCUAUCAAGAUUUGAAAACCACCGUAUCGGAAUUGGAACAAAUGUCAGGUGUAAAUGAGGAACAAACAGUCAAACAGAGCCCGGAAAAGGUGAAAACUCAAAAAUCCAUGAGCGAAUCGAUUCAUAGUUUAAAUGUACCUGAAGACAGCCCGCAACACCAAGAUGAAAAUCAAUCAGCGGGCGCUGUGUCUAGCAGCGUUUAUGUAUCAUACAUAACGAGCGGUGGGGGCAAAACUGCUAUGUUCAUUUUGAUGGUACUCUUCGUAGCUGGACAGUCGUUUUAUUCGUCGAUCAAUCUGUGGCUUGCUGAAUGGGUAAAUGUCGAAGAAGCCAACAGUGCUAUCAAUAUGGCGAACGUGUCAAUUACAAAUAAUGACACAAAUAUAAACUCCACUGCAGUGAAUUUCGAAGAUCUAGACCAUAAUACCUUCAACAUUUCUCGAAACAUCUACGUGUAUAUCUAUGCUGCUUUGAUAAUCGUCUGUCUCUUUCUGACGUGGAGUAAAAUGAUCUAUUUCUACAAUACGUGCUUACGCGCAUCUGUCAAGUUACACGAAAGGAUGUUCACGGGUGUAACAAACGCUCCAAUGUGGUUCUUUCACCACAACCCAUCGGGGCGUAUCCUGAACCGAUUCUCCAAUGAUAUCAGCCAAGUGGACACCAUGUUACACUGGACACUGUCUGAAUGUCUUACUUUCUUUCUAGAAGUCAUCGCAGUACUGUUCGUAGUGUGCCUUGUGAACUGGUGGUUACUUUUCCCAACUGCAGUGAUUGCUGGUUUACUGUGGAUACUCCGGUCCCUAUAUCUUACCACGAGUCGUGAGUUGAAGAGGGUUCAGGCCAUUACUGUCAGUUUAAGUUUGAACCACGCAACAUCCACCGUCUCAGGAUUAACAACGAUUCGUUCAGUGAAGAACCAGUUGAAAACUUUAGCCAAAGAAUUUGACAAGCUGCAAGAUUUUCACACAACAGCACAGAGUGUGGAAUUGACCACCGAUAGAGCUUUUGGUUUCUGGAUGGAUAUAGUCUGUUGCUUGUAUCUGGCAUUUGUCACUUUCAGCUUUUUCUUGUUUGCUUUGGGAGAUAAAAUGGGCGGUAACGUGGGCUUAGCAAUCACUCAAGCGAUCAGUUUGGUUGGCAUGUGUCAAUUUGGUAUGAGGCAGACAGCCGAGGUAGAGAACCAGAUGACAUCUGUGGAAAGAAUAUUAGAAUAUGCAGAUUUACCACCAGAAGAACCAACUGAGCCCAACACCAAAGCUCUACUUCAAGAACAUCCUGGACUAGAUUUUAAUACAUGGCCAGAAAAGGGUGAAAUAGUCUUCGAAGAUGUAUUCUUAGAGUAUGAGAGGCCUCCACAAGAAAAGAGUACAGAGGAUAAGGGAAAAGAAGAUAACUUGGCGAUACGUGGCGUUUCCUUCAAGAUAAAGCCUGGAGAGAAAGUGGCUGUGGUUGGUAGAACUGGAGCCGGAAAGAGUUCUCUUAUUGCUGCUUUGUUUAGAAUGAACAAAAUAUCAGGCUCGGUGACGGUAGAUGGCGUUAGUGCAGAAACAGCUGGAUUACGAACAUGGCGCUCAAGGCUUUGCGCAUUGCCACAACGACCUGCCUUGUUCGCAGCCAGUUUAAGAGACAAUUUAGACCCAGAGCAGAAGUAUAGCGAUGCUGAUAUAAAUGCUGCUUUAAAAGAGGUCGAACUAGAAUCCUUAGUAUCAAGUUUAGCUGGUGGUUUAGCCUCCCGAGUAGGAGAUGGAGGUGGCAACUUAUCGACAGGACAGAGACAGCUCUUGUGUCUUGCGCGUGCGGCGUUGGCUAGACGAGCUGUUCUCGUGUUAGAUGAAGCUACAGCUAAUGUCGAUUCAGAAACGGACCGUCAUAUCCAAAAUACGAUAAGAACGAAGUUCUCCAACUCGACUGUGUUGACAAUUGCACAUCGACUCAACACUGUUAUGGAUUAUGACAGAGUAAUUGUUAUGGACAAGGGCCGCGUAGUUGAAACAGGUCACCCUUACGAAUUAUUAAAACUUGAAGAUUCCACAGGACCAGGCGUUGCGAAAGAGAACCCGACAUUUGCGAUUGGCGAUCACUCAAAAAGGGUAAAUAGUUCAGAGAUAUUAGUAAAUGGAGUGUUCCAAUCUCUAGUGGAACAGACUGGAGCUGAAUCAGCUAUUAUGCUUUACAAAAUGGCGGAAGAGAGCUAUGCAAAACUACAAGCAAAGAAGAAUGCAUAG